CAGUAGAUGACAAUGUCACCAUCAAAGUUGAAUCAGGGUCAAAGAAGUGAAGAUGGUACAAUGCUCGAUUUUUCGGACAAACAUGAGGGAAAGACAACGGAUUUCGUUUUAGUCUACAGGAAAAGUUUAUUGACCAACGUUAAACAAGAAAAGCUUGAAUAUUUUAUUUGGCGACUUUCACUUGCGGGGAUUAUUAUUGACGCAGAACGAUUUUCGGCAGAUGCAGACUUGGUGUUUGUGAAGCUGCAUGCAUCCAAUGACGUUGUUUUUAAUUACGCUGACGUAUGUGAUAUUGACCUUGCGUGUCGAAACGAUGAUUAUAGACCUGAUUAUGAUACUCCUAAAGGUUUUCUGGCUACGCCUUUGACCCGUCCGAAGACCGAUAAUGAAGUCUACAAAAGAGCACCCGAAUCUGUUUCAAUGGAUAGACCAACUGGUAUAACAUCCGCAGAAAAAAUACUGAUUAUGGUAGAACUGAUGAAUCGUACAAAGUUUGGACAAAGGCCGAGUGAGUAUGGUAUCUAUAAAUUGAAACAGGAAAAAGUAUUCAUUGAUGCUUUCCCAGUUCAUGAUGGCGAACACAAAUGGACGGAAACUGGACGACUGAAUGACAGGCAGCUUCUAGCCCGAUAUUGGGGCAGUACCAAAUGCUGGUACAAAUGUCAACCACAUCACACGAUAGAACGUUAUUUUGGUACAGAAUAUGCGUUCUACUUUGCUUGGUUAGGCUUCUACAUAAAAAUGCUCAUCCCAGCAGCAGCAUUGGGGCUAAUCUGUUUUACCUUUGGACUUUCGACAUGUAACUACAAAUAUUUUAACUAUCGAAGCCAUGAGAUAUGCAAUAGUGACCAAAUCAUGUGCCCGAAAUGUCACCAAGAAGGAUGUACCUUCGAACCAUUAAGAGCUUCUUGCGGUCUUUCCAAAAUGUGCUACAUAUUCGAAAAUCCGACUACGAUUGCUCUGGCCAUCGCAACUGCAUUUUGGUCUACAUGUUUCAUGGAGUAUUGGCAGAGGACUGAAACUGUGCUCGCUCUACGUUGGAACGUGAGGGACUUGGAACUUGAUCCUGGCACUAGACCACAAUAUACUGAAGCAGCCACAACACUGAGGUACUCUCCAAUAACUAGAAAGAUGGAACCAUUCGUUAGUACGAAGAAGAUGAUUGUCGGUUAUGUAGUCACAGGAUCUUCUAUCUUUCUACUGGUAAUGUUAAGUCAAAGUGCAGUUAUUCCAAGAGAAGACAGACAAGGCGGAUUAACUGGAGAGGGAUAAGAGAUUUGGCACCCGCAAAACAACUGAUGGCGUCUAAACACGUGCCAUGUUUGUGCUGUUCUUAUUUGCUCAAGGAAAAAUGUGGGGUUGCCACAUAGAUAAUGCUUUUUGGAUGAAUUCAUUGUGAAUGAGUUGUCGUAGAAGCAUUUUCCGUUCUUUACUUUUAUUUAAGCAUUUAUUUAUAGUGGGUAUAUUUAUCGUCCGUUUGAAGCCUACGAAAUAAAUUUGUCAUUCAAUAAAGUUGUACAUCACACCUUUCUCGAGUGCUAACUGCAUCAUUUAAACACAAGUUA